CCGCAAGAAGCUCAGUGCUCCUGGAUGGUUGAGAUCUUGAAGAGCAGCACCAGUCACGCAGUGCAGCAGGAGCCAUGUCUCUGCCCUUCCGAAAAGAGCUGGAGAAGUACAAGAACAUCAAUGAAGAUGAAAUACUCAGCAAACUCUCGGAGGAUGAACUGAAACAGCUAGAGCAUGUUCUUGAUGACCUUGACCCUGAGAACGCCUUGCUUCCAGCAGGAUUUCGGCAAAAGGACCAGACCACUAAACCUGCCACGGGCCCUUUUGACAGAGAACGCCUGCUCUCGUACUUGGAGAAGCAAGCACUUGAGCACAAAGACAGAGAAGACUUUGUACCAUUUACAGGGGAGAAGAAAGGAAAAAUAUUUAUUCCUAAAGAAAAGCCCAUAGAAACCCGUACAGAAGAGAAAGUGACCCUGGAUCCGGAACUAGAAGAAGCCCUGGCCAGCGCUUCAGAUACUGAGCUCUAUGACCUUGCAGCUGUUCUUGGAGUGCACAACAUGGUCAACAACCCAAAAUUUGAUGAAGGAGGAGCUCGCAGUAAAGAUGGAAAAGGAACCGUGAGAAAUGUGGUGAAAGGUGAAAAGGUCAAACCCAUCUUUGAGGAGCCACCUAAUCCAACCAACGUGGAAGCAAGUUUACAAAGGAUAAAAGCAAACGAUCCUAGUCUGAUAGAAAUCAAUCUCAACAACAUAAAGAACAUUCCUAUUCCAACACUGAAAGAAUUUGCAAAAGCUUUGGAAAGCAACACACAUGUGAAGACAUUCAGCCUUGCAGCUACUCGAAGCAAUGACCCUGUAGCUAUUGCAUUUGCAGAUAUGUUGAAAGUGAACAAAACACUGAAGAGUCUGAAUGUAGAAUCCAACUUCAUCACUGGGAUGGGUAUUUUGGCACUGAUUGAUGCACUGAAAGAGAACGAAUCCCUGACGGAGAUUAAAAUUGACAACCAGCGGCAGCAGCUGGGUACAGCUGUAGAGAUGGAGAUUGCCAAGAUGCUGGAGGAGAACUCCAAGAUUCUCAAGUUUGGCUAUCAGUUCACAAAGCAAGGUCCAAGAACCAGGGUAGCAGCAGCUAUCACUAAAAACAACGAUCUGGUUCGUAAAAAGCGGGUGGAAGGAGAGCGGCAGUAG